GCCCCCGCCUCACAGCCAUGCGGAGCUGAGCUCCGGCCCGGGCCCUGGCCGCCGCAGCCCGCCCCGGCUCCCGCCCUCGCGGACCCGCCCGGCCCUUGGCCUCGGCGCCUUAGCCGCCCCGGGCCGGCCGAGCCCCCCGCGCAGGGCCCGGGCCGCGGCUACGGCGGCGGCGGCGGUGGCGGCGACGCGCCCGCCCGGCCCCCUCCCCCGGCGCCGGCCAAGUGAGGCGGUGAUGCGGGCGCUGGCGGCCUGGGCUGCGCCGAGAGCGGAGACACAGGCUCAAGAUGGCAGAUUCCCACUGAGGCUGAGGGGGCCGAGCUCGCGCGCCGCGUUCCCUUCUCCGUUGCCAUGAACCGCGGACACCCCGGCCCCGAUGGCCCCCGUGUACGAAGGUAUGGCCUCACAUGUGCAAGUUUUCUCCCCUCACACCCUUCAAUCAAGUGCCUUCUGUAGUGUGAAGAAACUAAAAGUAGAGCCAAGUUCCAACUGGGACAUGACUGGGUACGGCUCCCACAGCAAAGUGUACAGCCAGAGCAAGAACAUACCACCUUCUCAGCCAGCCUCCACAACCGUCAGCACCUCCUUGCCGAUCCCAAACCCAAGCCUACCUUACGAGCAGACCAUCAUCUUCCCAGGAAGUACUGGACACAUAGUUGUAACGUCAGCAAGUAGCACUUCUGUCACCGGGCAAGUCCUCGGUGGACCACAUAACCUAAUGCGUCGAAGCACUGUGAGCCUCCUUGACACCUACCAAAAAUGUGGACUCAAGCGCAAGAGUGAGGAGAUUGAGAACACAAGCAGCGUGCAGAUCAUCGAAGAGCAUCCACCCAUGGUUCAGAAUAAUGCCAGUGGGGCCACUGUAGCCACUGCCACCACAUCCACUGCCACCUCCAAAAACAGUGGUUCCAACAGUGAAGGGGACUACCAGCUGGUGCAGCAUGAAGUGCUGUGCUCCAUGACCAACACCUAUGAGGUUUUAGAGUUCUUGGGGCGAGGGACAUUUGGGCAAGUGGUCAAGUGCUGGAAACGGGGCACCAAUGAAAUUGUGGCCAUUAAGAUCCUAAAGAACCACCCCUCCUAUGCCCGGCAAGGCCAGAUUGAAGUGAGCAUCCUGGCCCGGCUGAGCACGGAGAGCGCUGAUGACUACAAUUUUGUGCGGGCCUAUGAGUGCUUCCAGCACAAGAACCACACAUGCUUAGUCUUUGAGAUGUUGGAGCAGAACCUCUAUGACUUUCUGAAACAGAACAAGUUUAGUCCCUUGCCCCUCAAGUAUAUUCGCCCAGUCCUCCAGCAGGUAGCCACGGCCCUGAUGAAACUCAAAAGCCUGGGUCUUAUCCAUGCUGACCUGAAACCAGAAAACAUCAUGCUGGUGGAUCCAUCCAGACAACCAUACCGAGUGAAGGUCAUUGACUUUGGUUCAGCUAGUCAUGUGUCCAAAGCUGUCUGCUCUACAUACUUACAAUCCAGAUACUACAGGGCCCCUGAGAUCAUCCUUGGUUUGCCAUUUUGUGAGGCAAUUGACAUGUGGUCCCUUGGUUGUGUCAUUGCUGAGCUGUUCCUGGGCUGGCCAUUAUACCCAGGUGCUUCUGAGUAUGAUCAGAUACGGUAUAUUUCACAAACACAGGGUUUGCCAGCUGAAUAUUUAUUAAGUGCAGGGACAAAGACAACUAGGUUUUUCAACCGUGACACAGAUUCACCGUAUCCUUUGUGGAGGCUAAAGACACCAGAUGACCAUGAAGCAGAGACGGGGAUUAAAUCAAAAGAAGCAAGAAAGUACAUUUUCAACUGUUUGGAUGAUAUGGCCCAGGUGAACAUGACAACAGAUUUGGAAGGGAGUGACAUGUUAGUGGAGAAGGCAGACCGACGGGAGUUCAUUGACCUGUUAAAGAAGAUGCUGACCAUAGAUGCUGAUAAGAGGAUCACUCCCAUUGAAACUCUGAACCACCCCUUUGUCACCAUGACACACCUGCUCGAUUUUCCCCAUAGUACUCAUGUCAAGUCUUGUUUCCAAAACAUGGAGAUUUGCAAGCGCCGGGUGAAUAUGUACGACACAGUGAACCAGAGCAAAACACCUUUCAUCACACAUGUGGCCCCCAGCACAUCCACCAACUUGACCAUGACCUUUAACAACCAGCUGACCACUGUCCACAACCAGGCUCCCACCUCCACCAGUGCCACUCUUUCCUUAGCCAAUCCCGAAGUCUCCAUACUAAACUACCAAUCUACACUCUACCAGCCCUCAGCGGCAUCCAUGGCCGCAGUGGCCCAGCGGAGUAUGCCCCUGCAGACGGGAACAGCUCAAAUUUGUGCCCGACCUGACCCCUUCCAGCAAGCUCUCAUCGUGUGUCCCCCUGGCUUCCAAGGCCUGCAGGCUUCUCCCUCCAAGCAUGCUGGCUACUCAGUGCGGAUGGAAAAUGCUGUUCCCAUCGUCACUCAGGCUCCAGGAGCUCAGCCUCUUCAGAUCCAACCAGGUCUGCUUGCUCAGCAGGCCUGGCCAGGUGGGGCCCAACAGAUCCUGCUUCCUCCAGCAUGGCAGCAGCUGACUGGUGUGGCCACCCAUACAUCUGUACAGCACGCAACAGUGAUUCCUGAGACCAUGGCAGGCACUCAGCAACUGGCUGACUGGAGGAACACACAUGCUCAUGGAAGCCAUUACAAUCCCAUCAUGCAGCAACCUGCACUCUUGACUGGUCAUGUGACCCUUCCAGCUGCCCAGCCCUUAAAUGUGGGUGUAGCCCAUGUGAUGAGGCAACAACCAACUAGUACCACCUCUUCCAGGAAGAGUAAGCAACACCAGUCAUCUGUGAGAAAUGUCUCCACCUGUGAGGUGACCUCUUCACAGGCUAUCAGCUCCCCUCAGCGGUCCAAGCGUGUCAAGGAGAACACUCCCCCACGGUGUGCCAUGGUACACAGCAGCCCAGCUUGCAGCACCUCAGUCACCUGUGGGUGGGGUGAUGUGGCCUCCAGCACCACCCGGGAGCGACAGCGGCAGACGAUUGUCAUCCCUGACACCCCGAGCCCCACAGUCAGUGUCAUCACCAUCAGCAGUGACACAGAUGAAGAGGAAGAACAGAAGCAUGCCCCCACCAGCACAGUCUCCAAGCAAAGAAAAAAUGUCAUCAGCUGUGUCACAGUCCACGAUUCUCCCUACUCGGACUCCUCCAGCAACACCAGCCCCUACUCAGUGCAGCAGCGCACAGGACACAACGGCACCAACACCUUGGACACCAAGGGAAGCCUAGAGAAUCACUGCACCGGCAACCCCCGCACCAUCAUCGUGCCCCCACUGAAGACCCAAGCCAGUGAAAUGUUGGUAGAAUGUGACAGCCUAGGGCCAGCGAUCAAUACCAGUCACCACUCGUCCUCCUUUAAGUCCAAGUCCUCCAGUACCGUGACCUCCACCAGUGGCCACUCUUCAGGGAGCUCCUCAGGAGCCAUCGCCUACCGUCAGCAGCGGCCAGGCCCCCACUUCCAGCAGCAGCAGCCCCUCAAUCUCAGCCAGGCUCAGCAGCACAUGGCUGCGGACCGCACUGGAAGUCACCGUCGACAACAGGCCUACAUCACUCCCACGGUGGCGCAGGCUCCAUACGCCUUCCCGCACAGCAGCCCCAGCCACGGCACUGUGCACCCCCACCUGGCUGCGGCUGCCCACCUCCCCACCCAGCCUCACCUCUACACAUAUACAGCGCCCACAGCCCUCGGCUCCACCGGCACUGUAGCCCACCUGGUGGCAUCCCAAGGCUCAGCACGCCACACCGUGCAGCACACUGCCUAUCCGGCCAGCAUCGUCCACCAGGUCCCUGUGAGCAUGGGGCCCCGGGUCCUGCCCUCGCCCACCAUCCACCCCAGUCAGUAUCCGGCCCAGUUUGCCCACCAGACCUAUAUCAGCGCCUCGCCAGCCUCCACCGUCUACACUGGAUACCCACUGAGUCCUGCCAAGGUCAACCAAUACCCUUACAUAUAAACACUGGAGGAGGCCCGCCAGGGAGGAGGGUGAGGAGGAGCUCCCAGACCGACCUGGGGAGCUGGGAUUUUCUACUGCAGGUGCCGCACACAAACAAUGCAAACGGGGCAGGGAGGGGGCAGUUGGGGCACAAAUGAAACUUGAACUAGGAAGUGGGAGGACUUAGAGAGGAGAAGAGAACAUUUUAAAAGGAGGGGUAAGGAGGGGAAAUCUAUGCUUUUUAUUUAAAAAAAAAAAAAAAGGAAAAAAGAAAAAUGUUAGUAACAAAAGAGGAAAAAAAGAAAAAAACCACAGCUCACAAACCCAUUCUGCACCAAACUGGAGAGGAGAAGAGGGGCUACAGGAGACUCUGGAAGCAAGGGGCCCCAGUUUUUUGAAGAACUUUAUGAACUUUUUAAAGAUUAUUUUCAUAUGGCAGCAAGUGACAUUGAAGAAUUUGCUGUCAGGGACACAUGAUAUGGAAAUCCAAUAGAUUUUUAAUUAAUUGAACAUAAAAAUUAGGGAUUUUCCCAGAACUCCAAAAGGGUCAACAUCCCUUUCAAAUGUCAGGCCAUGGCCUGAAGAGGCUCAUAAUUGGGGGUUGGUCUGGGGUUGGCAAAACCCAAUUCUGGCUUAUUUGUCAGAAAUAGUGGAGUCGGCCAACCUAAUGGGAGAUCCCCGGGAGAAGGGCGGGUCCCCUCUUUUGGAGCAUUCUGGAUAAAUCCCUAAGCAGUCUUGUUCCUCAGAUGUCAUUAAUGAUGUAUGUUGCAAUUUUUAAUUUUUUUAUUUUCUCAGAUUUUUUUUUCUCUUUGAAUCAACCCCUAGUUGUAUAGCAUAGGGCUAGUGGUUGUCCUGGACACCCUAGAAGAAUGUAGCACUGUGCCCAUUUCCUACCUUGUGUUCAACUCCAGUGAUACCAAUAGACUAUUCCUCAAUAUAAUUGCACAAACAGAGUGAUUUAACAUAGGCAUGGAACCAGUGUGGUGGUCCAGAUGAGCGAGUGAGUGUGCGAGCACAUGUGGGUGUGACCGGGGCUGCCACCCUCCCCGUGUGUCCCUUGGCACCGCCGUCACAGCCCUUGCAGUCUUGAUUUUACAUCAUUCCCUCCUAGUGCCUUAAUGACUGACAGACAGAGACACGGCAAAGGGUUUACUUCCCACUGGUACUCCAAGAAACUGGUCGGGGCUGGUCAGACGUUCUCAGCUCUUGUAUAAGCUGUUAUAGUAUUUUACUUGGGUCUUUAUGUUUUUGCAUUGUUUUAAUGUCAUGUGAAUUGUCUUUCCUGGGCUCUUUGUGAGCAGAAGGGUUUCAGAGAAGCUUGUGUAAGGAAAAGGGGAGACUCAUGGAUCUCAAAAGGGACGUGGGCACCGUGUGGUGAGGGACACUGGUGGCUCUGGCUCUUUUGGUGAGUUUUACUUUGAGAGCAGAGAUCCAGAGAGACUCCUCACCCUGCCCUAGCUUUGCCAUGUGUGGCGCUAGGGAGUCUUAGGAGUGUCAGCUUUGCCAGGCAGCUGCCCCGGCCUCCAAACCCAGCACCUCCUUCCUGGGGCCUUAUGGGGAGAGGCAGGAGUCUGUACCUCCCCAGCCCCUCCCUCCUACAAGAAGCCUCUAGUCUCAGACUCACCCACAUCUCUCUGCACCAGCUCAAGAGCUAGUGAGGCUUCUCAUCUCACCAGCUCUCUCCCCUACAGACCUCCACUGGUAAGUCUGCUGUCACUUCUGUCCUGAAAUUAACCUAGCUCUCCCUAGACAGUUUGAUCUCUGCCUUUGAGAGAGAGAGAGAGAGAAUGAGCAGAGGGCUGGAGGGACACUAAUGAGGUAGCCAGGGGUCCAUUGCACUGAGAAAACACUGCCAUGGACAAUGGUGCCUCCAAAGAGGUCUACUGAGAGCCUCUGUGCACCUUUGUUGCAUUCUGGGUAUUUUCUCCAGCUUUGAACUGUGGAGUAGAUAGGAGUUCUCUGUUCCUACUGAGAAACUCUGAAGUUGUGGAUGUUAGAAACCAAUCAGGUCCAAGAUGGGAUGAAUUGUGUGAUCCUGAUGUGAGUCCUGGCUGGCCCCUCAUCCACAUCGUUGGGUACAGAGAGGCCUCUGGUCAGCAGUCCAGCAUCCUCCAGUCCCCUCCCUUUCCUCCUCUUUUGGCCCUGAUCAGUCUACUGUGAAAGGCUCUUCUCCUGAUACCUGUCAUCCUUCAGCUUACUUAGCUUUUAGCUGUGAAAAACUCUGGAAACUUCCUCACCCAUUAAUUCUUUUAAAUCAAGUCCCCAAACUGGAUGUGUCUCGGUGCACCUUGGGCCAGAGAGAAGAUACGCUAGACUUGGGCAUGGUCUGACCCACUCCAGCCAAGGGCAGUAGACUGAAUGGCGCUGGCCUGUGGUAGGGAGCUUCACUUUUCUCAUCCUGGUUAGAACCACAUUAUUCCAAGACCAGCUCUGGCUGGAAGUGAGACAACAGGAAGCUGUCCAUUCAGAGAGGAAUAAGGAGCAAAGCCUUUGGAGCCUCUGAGCCAGAGGCUGCUAGAGCCCCACCAGCAUGGAUGUCUGUCACAGAGGUUUCUAGAAGCCAGAGGGUAGCAUUUUCCACGGGGCUCUCUCAUACUAAAUCUCAGCUGAGUGGUCCUGGCUUGCCUGCUGUGUGGGCACCUGAAGGCCAGCACUCUCUCAAGCUGGUCCUCUAGGAGGAUCGACCUUGCCCUGCAUCUCUCCUUGUCUGCUUGUGUUGAAGUUUCUCACUCUUCCACACAUCCUUCCUUCCCUUUCUCUUCCAGAUCAGGAAUGAGUAUUCCUUGCUGCUCAUAAAGUUAGUGUUGUACUGAUUAUUUGUAUUAUUGCCACUGUAAUUAUGAUCAUUAUCCCCUUGUUGCUAUUUUAGUCAGGGUUUGAAGUAUACAUUUAUUCCAAGUAUCUUUGUGUUUUCUUCAUAAUAUUUAAAUUUAUUUUAUUCUAGCUGUGUUUAUAUGAGUAGACUGGAGGGACAUAUAAAUUAGAUGUCCGAUUCUGUCAGAGGA